CAAGGCACAGCCGUUUCUGCAUAACCCGAGCAUGUCCUGGGCAUCCACGCAAACACGACAGCGGGCACGCUAAGCCAUCGCACCUCGCCUUCUCGCGUAUACGCUGCCAGGAGUGCGGCAGUCGAGGCAAGGGGUGUAAAAGACCUUCGCCAAGACCCGUGUGUGGGGAGAACUCCAAGUGCUGUAGAGUUAAAAGACACUCGAUCUACUGCAAGAAUAAUAUCAUUGAAAAAAGUUUACCUUGCCCACAUAAAUGGUCCUGUGUGUGUAAUGAGGGAUACAGGUUGAACACCUCUGAUCCAGGUUCCAAAAGUUGCGUUCCAGUGAGGCCCCCAGUUGUGUGUGGUAAUAAUACCAGAUGCUGUGAGAUAGUGGAUAACAAUACAGUGUCAAACUGUCAGAAUACUACCAAUGAAGAAGGUCAAAGUUUACCUUGUCCAGAACCUCUGGUCUGUGUGUGUGAAGAGGGAUACAUGUUCAACUCUUCUGAUCCAGAUCCACAAAAUUGCAUUCCAGUGAGGCCCCCAGUUGUGUGUGGUAAUAAUACCAGAUGCUGUGAAGUAGUGGAUAACAGUACAGUGUCAAACUGCCAGAAUACUACCAAUGAAGAAGGUCAAAGUUUACCUUGUCCAGAACCUCUGGUCUGUGUGUGUGAAGAGGGAUACAUGUUCAACUCUUCUGAUCCAGAUCCACAAAAUUGCGUUCCAGUGAGGCCCCCAGUUGUGUGUGGUAAUAAUACCAGAUGCUGUGAGAUAGUGGAUAACAGUACAGUGUCAAACUGCCAGAAUACUACCAACGAAGAAGGUCAAAGUUUACCUUGUCCAGAACCUCUGGUCUGUGUGUGUGAUGAGGGAUACAUGUUCAACUCUUCUGAUCCAGAUCCACAAAAUUGCGUUCCAGUGAGGCCCCCAGUUGUGUGUGGUAAUAAUACCAGAUGCUGUGAGGUAGUGGAUAACACUACAGUGUCGAACUGUCAGAAUACUACCAAUGAAGAAGGUCAAAGUUUGCCUUGCCUAGAACCUCGGGUCUGUGUGUGUGAAAAGGGAUACAUGUUCAACUCUUCUGUUCCAGAUCCACAAAAUUGCGUUCCAGGUGAGAACAGGCAGUUAUAG